CAAAGCCUCUCACUGUUUUGCGGCCGCCCUAUUCAUCGCGGAUAUCCGCGGCCGCGGCGUAAGCCAGUGCUGAUCUGAGGCUGCGGUACACCCAUAACUGAGGCCCUUGGCCCCCACACGAAGGCGCGGCGCUUACCGACUGGCAGACAGCGAAAACAGCAUAACGCCAUGGCGAAGCUCUACCUCGCCGCGGCGCUGGCGCUAGCGACGGCGUCGGCCCUCGAGGUCUCCCACGUCCUCAUCCUAGCCACAACCGCUAGAUCCAUGUCGCUGGCCGGGCCCGGCAUGGCGCGGCCGCAGCCCGAACAACGACUGUUACUAGCGGCUGAAAGAGGCCAGAUCGCGCCCCAGUCGGCGUCGAGGGUCGGUGGCGAGUCGUUAGAUUCGUUAGAACGACUCCUAGGAGCGGAAGUGUCCGAAGACAAAAAAAGAUUAGAGGACUUGUACGCCGCCGCAAGGCAGGCCUGGGAAGCCCCGCGAGCGGAGCAGCCUUCAAGAAUACCAGGUAGAUCCUGGUUCGGAAGUAGAGAGGAAAAAGCCUUAGAUAAUGCGCAAGCGGAGCUCGCCGUGAAACGGUUUUCCGGGGCGUUGGCGAAGUGGCUAGAACGAGCUGGGUAUGUGGAAGUCGAUGCGCGAGAGCGAGGCUUAUGUGAUGCCCUCGCGAGAGAUGCGGGUUUGCGGGUCGAUGUGGAUGAUCGACCUUUAACAGAAAUGAGGUGCUGGCGGAGGGGUGUCCGCGUCUUCGAUGAGCCCCUUGGGUUCGCGGAUGCUCUAGAGUAUUUAUUGUCGGAGAGCGUCGAACGAUCUGGCAGAAGAGUGGGCAACAUCGCCAAGAACGCGGCGAUUGCUACCAAGAUGAUGAAGGGCGAGAGUUAUGACCUCGAGGACUUGCCGAAGCCUUCUCGAGUGCGAAGGGUCGUCACGAAACCUUUCCGGUUGUGUCUCGGUAUUGUGACAAAAACGUCGAGACAGCUCUUAACAAGAUGGGGCGCCAAUAGAGCCAUAGAUGAGGAGGAGUGCGAUGUCGCUGCCUUUGCUGUAGAUGGCGUCGGGUGUGCCGGUCCGACGGCGGACCUGGCGCAGUCAACCAGACCGAAAUACGGCUGGGUCGAAUUACCUAGGAGAGGCGUGGGCGCGGCGGUCGACAGCGCCCUGACGAACGCGACGUCGUUGUGGGGGGCUGCAAGAGCAUUGCGACGACCGCCCCCUAGACGGUGUUUAGCUUAUGAUAGGGUGGUAGCAUUACAUGCUACCGAUCCAUCAUUAGCGGCGAAGCGGGGGCCUCGGCGCUUGGGCCUGGCGCUGUACGAGGACGUGCCGUUGCGAACGCUGGGGACCCUGUGGCCGACGCGACGACUGCGUGUGAGACCGUUAGAUGCCGUGCGCUUCGACGUCGUCACCGGUGCUACAUUUUUAUUGCUGGUGGCGGCCCAGAGACUCGGGACGGUAUGGGGAGACGUGGCCGCUUCGGUAGCGGUGUUCGCGUGGGUGUCUCGCUUGUUGUUCAACACGAAAGCCCGUAGGAACAUGUACGAGCUCGAGACGACGCGAGCUUUGAGGGAUAGGGUGCGGGCCAAGGGCGCGACCGUGUGCGACGCGGCCGCUCGCGAUGCGGUAGAAACGGACGCGAGAGCGAAGGCAUUGUGUCUCGGCGCUUUACGUAGAUUGAGCUGGGGCGAGUACGACGCUGUGGACGAGGAGCGGCUGCGGAACGAAAUUUUGACCACGACGGCCGUCGAUGCCGCAGACCCGACGCGGGCCGGCGCCGCGGCGGACGCGGCGCUAGCUGCUUUACCGGACCUCGUGCGGCGGGGCUUGGCCUCAAGGGGCGCGGGCGGGUGGCGGGCGCGACCUAGGCCCGACGCCGACGCGUCGCUGUCGGAAGCGUGGCUCGCUGCUUUUUCUGCUAAAAACCCGGGCGCGGUUAAGGUGCCGAAGGCCAAGGCGCCGUCGACGGUCAGCGACGUCAUCGCGUACCCCUUUGUCGACGGCGAGCGGCCGGCGAGCGACGACACGCCGACGAAGGACGACGAGCUCACACGGAGCUCUGAGAAUUCAUAGGAAGUGUAAAUAGAU